AUGUCCAAUAAUUGUUCAUUUCACACAACUUCAAGGAAAGUCAAAUGCAGAGGUGAUCAUCUUAAAGAUUUGUACAAUCAAGUAAACAAAGGGCAUGUAUCUUAUUGUCAAAAGUAUUUGUCAUCAAGUAAGCUGUUUGAGAGUUCUGUUCAGUCAGUAACUCAUGAAAAGAAUACAUCCAAGACUUACAAGAAGAUGUCAAAUCAGGAAGUUACUCCUGAUGUGUUUACUCAGAUACAGAGAUCAAAUAAGAAAAGAUCAUCUGAGAAUUUAUCUGUGGAAAAUGUUCAGAUGUAUGAUAUGCAUGUGAUUAGUAUAUCACCUGAGAAAAAAAAUUGUCUUGAUCUUACUAGUCCUUCUUGUUUGAUUGCUGAUGACAGACAAUUGAAGAAAUUGCAGAACCCAUCAUUGGCAAUUCUUAGCCUCCGGAAAGAAACAGCUCAAUUACAAAAGAGAUAUUUGUGCUUAGAAUUUGGUUGUAUCAUUUGGGGAAAAAUGUCUGGAUAUCGUCCCUGGCCUGGUUUGACAAUUGCUGGUGAAUUAGCUGGGAAAAAUAAUUCUCCAGGAUCAACUUGGAUCUUUUGGUUUGGUGACCACAAAAUUUCAAAUAUUAAUAAUUCCAAAAUAUCAAGAUUUGAUCAAAAAUAUUUCUACAAUUCCAAAAACUUCAUGUUAAGUAAAAAGUUUAAAAAUGCUUUGAAUGAAGCUCUACAGCUGUGUGCAGUACGUGCAGGCGUGCAUAUAAAAGAAAAUAAUGCACAGUAUCUUCAUUCAUGGGCAGAAAAACAAUUUCAAGAACUGGAAAAUUUUGACCAUGACCCUUUUGCACCUGCUGGUGAUGAAGAGUAUCCUGUAUUUGUUCUCCAAAUCUUGAAAAAGUUCCAACUACCAAAAUUGAAUGACUCUGAGCAAACAAUGCAUCCCCAAAAUGAGAUGUCAUGCUUGUCAGGAAUGUCAGCUGAUAAAGCCUCAAACAAAGUGAAGUUAAAGAAUGUAAAAAUUCAAGAAAUAUGCCUAUGCUGUGAUUCAUUACAUAAAGAACUUGUUGCCCAACAUCCUUUAUUUGAAGGUGGUUUAUGCCAAGAAUGCAAGGAUUUUGUUUUGGGAACUACAUUUGCUCUUGACCCAGACAAUUCUCAUGCUUUCUGUGCUAUUUGCUGUCAUGGUGGUGAAGUAUGUAUAUGUUAUUUGGUUCAGUGUGGCCGUGUCUACUGUAAAAGCUGCAUUCAAAAUUGGGUUUCUGAUUCUGCUUGGGAAAAGAUUCUUGCUCAAGAUCCAUGGGUCUGUUUCCUUUGCAAUACACAAGUGUCUGUAGCUACACAUGGCUGUCUGAAACCAAAGAGGAACUGGAACAUCAAUAUAAUUCAACUGUUCCUCUCUCAUCAACAGUUACAGGAACCUGAUUUGUCAUAUCUGAUGAAUGAUCCCACUCCCCCACCUCUGCGUGUAUUGUCUUUAUUUGAUGGAAUUGGUACAGGUAAAGUUGCUCUUGAUGAACUGGGAAUAGUGACUAAUGGUUAUUUUUCCAGUGAAAUUGAUUUGGAUGCUUUGAUAGUGACAAGGGUGAACCAUGGUAACAAUGUCACAGAAAUUGGAGACAUUACACAGCUUACAGAGAAGAGGAUUUCUGAGUUGUGUCCUAUUGACCUUGUGAUUGGAGGGUCUCCAUGUAAUGAGCUGUCUUUAGUGAAUCCUGCAAGAAAAGGCUUUUCAGAAGCUGGAACUGGGAUUUUGUUUUUUGAGUUCUACAGAGUUUUGAAUAUUGUCCAAAAACUCUGCAAAGAUAGGCAUGUCUUUUGGCUCUUUGAAAAUGUUACUGCUAUGAAGUCUGAAUAUAAGGCUAUCAUUUCUCGAUAUCUUGGUUGCCAACCUGCCUUGUGGGAUGCUAAAUAUUUUUCUCCUCAACAACGUGCUCGAUAUUUUUGGGGUAACAUCCCUACAAUAUAUAGGUAG